CAUAAUAUAAAUAAAAUAGGAAAAAGGGGAAAUUGGAUGCAGCAUCACAGCCGUCUAUGCUUUCCUAGGCCCGGAGAGCGACGGCUGGAGAGGGGUGAGAUAAGCGGGGGCCUAACCUGCCUAGUAUCAGAAAGGCUGUUGGCUCCCGGCUAAGAAGAAGGGGAGGAAGGAGAUGGCGGCGCCGCCGCAGAAGCUCCGGUGGGGGGAGCUGGAGGAGGAGGAUGACGGGGGGGACUUGGAUUUUCUGCUUCCGCCGCCGGUAGUGUUGGGGCCGGACGAGAACGGGGUGAAGAAGACGAUCCAGUAUCGGUUCGACGAGGAGGGGAACAAGGUAAAGGUCACCACCACCACCCGCGUCCGCAAGCUCGCCCGCGCCCGCCUCAGCAAGCGUGCCCUCGAGCGCCGCUCUUGGGCCAAAUUCGGCGACGCCGUCCACGAGGACGUCGGCAGCCGCCUCACCAUGGUAUCCACCGAGGAGAUCGUGCUCGAAAGGCCCCGCGCCCCAGGUAGCAAAGCAGAAGAAACAAACAUAGCUGGGGACGUGCUGGCUGCAGCUGGAAAGGCAGGUGCUGUUCUCAUGGUAUGCAGGACUUGUGGUAAGAAGGGUGAUCACUGGACAUCAAAGUGCCCAUACAAGGAUCUUGCGCCCCAGACCGACGGCUUCAUUGACAAGUCCCUGGGGCCAGAGAAUGCUGCUUCAGCAUCUGGGACUAGCAAGGGGACAUAUGUGCCCCCUGGCAUGAGAGGUGGCGAUAGAAGUGGGGUGGAGAUGAAACGCCGUGAUGAGAACUCAGUCCGAGUUACCAACCUUUCAGAGGAUACCCGCGAACCUGACCUUCUGGAGCUCUUUCGUGCCUUCGGUCCAGUUAGUCGUGUAUAUGUUGCUGUUGAUCAGAAAACUGGAGUCAGUCGGGGCUUCGGUUUUGUCAAUUUCAUUCACAGGGAAGAUGCUGAAAGAGCUAUCAACAAACUCAAUGGAUAUGGUUAUGAUAAUCUUAUUCUCAGAGUCGAGUGGGCUACUCCAAGGCCGAAUUGAAGUUCCCUUCAGGGUUGAUGACAGUUCAUCCGAGGUUUCUAUUUCGCUAUGUGGAUGUUUAUGGCACAUAUCUGUGUGAUACCGCCUGUGUUUCCUAACUGUUAUUGAGCCCUGAUUUUGCUGCUGCUGGUUCAAUCCUUUUGCCUAUGCGUUGCUGAACCCACGUCAGCUUUUAUAUAGUUGAAAUGGCACUCGGAUCAGGUCUAUUUUGCUCCCCUGCCCUGUGCAAUCAGUCUUCCAAGCAACUCC